AUGGCAUUGGGUUGGAAAAGUAAUGCAGACACAGAAGAGGCUAAAGAAAGAGAUGUGGUAGAGGAAACAAUGGAAGAUGAAGGGAAAAGACUGUACCCCUCUGAACUCGAGGACAGCCUUUGCACUACUUUUUGGAUGCCUUUCCAAUGGCUAUCUUUCAUUGCAACUUGUGAUUCCACAACAGGUCCAACUGAAGAGACAACUGUUCAUGGCAGUCACCACAGACCUCCCAAUGGCAUCUGUAUUCACAGAAGCUGUGUACUAGCAGACCCUGCAAGUUCCGUCAGCAUUCGUGCUGAGCGUGAAGCUGAAGCUCGAAAUCGAAGGCGUGAAGCUCGCCGUAGACAUCGCCAUGCCCAUCGGAGGAGAGCAAAUGCUGCUGAUCCUAAUCAAAGUCAUUCCAAUGGAAAUCUACAGCCAGUUGGAAAUUUGGCUGACUCUGAUAAUGAUCAAAGUGAUGAUUCCAAUGGAAAUGAAGGAGACAAUACCAGAGAACGAGUUAGGCGUUUAAGGAAUGGUACAGAUGAGUGGGUCAUGGUUUCAUUCCCGGUUGAUGCCCCAAACCAGUCAUCCAAUCGCUCAUUCCGACAGCGCUCUGCAGCAGGUACAGUAGCAGAGCCGAACAGACCUCAAGUGUCUAACCUUUUGAGUGUUCCUCCAUCAAAUCCCAAUCGGUAUCACCCUGAUCAAGAAGGGGAGUUCUGGUUGAGUCCAGAACCCAGUCCAGCAAGUUCUCCUACCAGUUCACCAGUGGUGCAACGUAUAGGAAAGAAGUGGAAGGAUUCUGUAUUGAGUCGCCUUUCUGGAUGCAACACGUGCAGAGGAGACUUGGCUAUUUUAUCUCGUCAUCGACCUCAAAUACAAAAGGCUACUUUUUUCAAGCCACAGACAACAACACCAACUAGUACAGAUGAAACACUACCUCGAGGAUGGACGAGUCAAGUGGCGCCAAAUGGCAGGGUGUUCUUCAUUGAUCAUAUUAACAAGCAGACAACAUGGAUAGAUCCCCGUUCUGGUAUGCCCAGCUCUCCGCCCAAUCAACGCCAUGCUAAUAAUUGGAGACACGAAGAUGAACUUGGACCAUUGCCUGAAGGAUGGGAACAACGAGUACAUUCUGAUGGAAGAAUAUUCUUCAUUGAUCAUAAGAACCGCACAACAACUUGGGAGGAUCCACGUUUGCUCAACCCAGCGAUUGCAGGAACAAAGCUAUUCCUUAUUCAAGGGAUUAUUUAAACAAAAAUAUGAGUUCUUCAAGUCGAAGAUCCCCAAACCUACCAACGUUCCUAACAAAUUUGAUAUAAAGGUGAAAAGAAGCAACAUUUUGGAAGACGCAUUUGGCAUCAUAAGCCAAGUGAAUCGUGUUGAUCUUUUGAGAACCAAGCUGUGGAUAGAAUUUGAUGGCGAAGUUGGGUUAGAUUAUGGUGGUGUUGCUAGAGAGUUCUUCUUCCUUUUGUCAAAAGAGAUGUUCAACCCUUAUUACGGCCUGUUCGAGUAUUCAGCUACGUAAGUGUUUUGUACAGUUGACCAAAGCCACCCAGGGGUGAUAAGCUGAAAUCUGCAAUAA